AUGGCGCUGAGCAUCCCAGGAACUGUUCCUCUCUGUACCAUUAGCCUUGGAAUUCUACUCAUGGCGUAUGCUCUCCCUGCUGAAGCUGGGCUUUCUCAGAAGCACGGUCCAGAUAUUGUUGAUGACAGCAAGGACAAUAUCACCAUUUUCACACGCAUUCUGGACCGGCUGUUGGAUGGGUAUGACAAUCGGCUGAGACCUGGACUUGGAGACAGCGUAACUGAAGUCAAGACAGACAUUUAUGUGACGAGUUUCGGCCCUGUCUCAGACACAGACAUGGAAUACACCAUUGAUGUAUUUUUCCGGCAGUCCUGGAGAGAUGAGCGGCUUAAGUUUGAUGGCCCCAUGAAGGUCCUCCCCCUUAACAACUUGCUGGCCAGUAAGAUCUGGACUCCUGACACCUUCUUUCACAAUGGCAAGAAAUCAGUGGCCCACAACAUGACCACACCCAACAAGCUGCUGCGCCUGGUGGACAAUGGCACCCUUCUGUACACCAUGAGGUUAACCAUUCAUGCUGAGUGCCCCAUGCACCUGGAGGACUUCCCAAUGGACGUGCAUGCCUGCCCGCUGAAAUUUGGGAGCUAUGCCUACACAAAGACAGAGGUGAUCUACUCCUGGACGCUGGGGAAGGAUAAAUCAGUGGAAGUGGCCAAAGGUGGAUCUCGCCUGAAUCAGUAUGACCUCCUGGGCCAUGUGGUCGGAACAGAGACAGUCCGAUCCAGUACAGGGGAAUAUGUCGUCAUGACCACGCACUUUCACCUCAAGCGGAAGAUUGGGUACUUUGUGAUCCAGACGUACCUGCCCUGCAUUAUGACAGUCAUCCUAUCACAGGUUUCCUUCUGGCUUAACAGGGAGUCUGUUCCCGCCCGGACUGUAUUCGGUGUCACCACCGUUCUCACCAUGACCACACUGAGCAUCAGCGCCAGAAACUCCUUACCGAAAGUGGCGUACGCGACGGCCAUGGAUUGGUUCAUAGCCGUCUGUUACGCCUUUGUGUUUUCUGCGCUGAUCGAGUUUGCCACUGUCAACUACUUCACCAAGCGGAGCUGGGCCUGGGAUGGCAAGAAGGUGCUGGAGGCCCAGGAGAUGAAGAAAAAAGAGCCGGUGGCACUGGCCAAGAAAGCCAACAACACCUACAACAUUGUGGGUACGACGUACGCCCUCAACAUCGCCAAGGAUCCUGGCCUGCCCACCAUCUCCAAGAGUGCUGCCGCCACUGCCACCGCCACUGCCACCAUGCCUCCCAAAGGCCCCCGCGUGGAGGAGAAGCCCCCGGAAAGCAAGAAGACCUACAACAGCGUCAGCAAGGUGGACAAGAUGUCACGCAUUGUCUUUCCCGUCCUCUUCGCCAUUUUCAACCUUGUCUACUGGGCCACGUAUGUAAACCGGGAGUCAGCCAUCAAGGGCAUGAUCCCCAAACAAUAA